UUAUGCAACCUUUCACACAAAUUAUUUUAAAAAAUGCUAUAAGGCAAUAUAUUGAAAACAUAAAUUAAAAUUAUAUCAACACUACACAGAGUUAAAUCGUUAUAAAACCUACUCUUCAUUGAAACUGAAAGGACUAUUCGUUGUUUGAGCUGCAUCGGGGAUGCUGAGAGACCGGUGAUGUGGGUGUCGGUGGACAGCGGCGGUGCGGUGCGUACGGCUCCAUGUGCGCGCGGAAAGCACUCCGCGACCCUACUGGGAGGGUACGUGUACGUACUGGGCGGACGCGGCGCGGGCGGCUCCGUGCCACUCAGGGACUUCUGGAGGUAUUGCCUUGCAACCAGUCGGUGGGAGCGGUUGGAGGCGCGUGGGGAGCCACCGCCCGCGCUGCAAGAACACACCGCCACCACUCAUGGCAACAAGCUCUACGUAUUCGGUGGCGAGGCCGGUGCGCUCUCCAACGAGACGCCACUUUGGAUAUAUGACACUGAGAUAGAAACAUGGCGUAAGCUACCAGGGCAGUCCAGUUACUCGACGCUGCGUCGUCGCGGAGCGCGGGACGCGCGCGCAGUCACGUGCGGCCCGCGCGGCCGGCGCGGACACUCCGCGCACGCACUUAAGGAUUGCCUUCUUAUAUACGGAGGAUACAAAGAUUUACGAGGAUCUACCAAUGAGCUAUGGGCUUUCCACUACGAGUCGGAGUCGUGGCACCAGGUGCGCACGAGCAGCGCGGGCCCGGCGCGGCACCGCCACGCCGCGGCGCUGCACGACAACCGGCUGUACGUGCACGGCGGCCAGUGCGACCUGCGCGACUGCGCUGACCUCUGGCACUACGACACCAUGUCGCGCGUGUGGACGGCGGUGCGCGUGAGCGGCAAGCAGGCGCCCAGCGCGCGCAGCGGGCACGCCGGCCUGCGCGCCGGGGCACAUCUCUACAUCUUCGGGGGGGAGGCGCACGGACACCCCACCAACGAGCUCUGGAGGUUCCACUUCGCGACGGAGACCUGGGAGCGUAUCGUGCAGAGCGUGAAGUGGCCGUCGGCGCGCGUGGACGGGCGCGCGCUGCUGGUGGGCGGCGCGGCGGGCGCGGCGGGCGCGGCGGGCCGCGGGGGCCGCGGGGGCCGCGUGCGCAGCGCGCCGCUCGCCCCGCGCGCGCCCCCGCACGCCGCGCCCGCGCCCGCCGGCUUCCUGCGCGAGAUAUCCAAGCUGUCGAGCUUCCACAUCCGGCGCGCCGCUCGCUGCUCCUACACCGUGCUGGCCGGCGAGCGCGACUCCACGGAGAGCUUGCUGCGCACGGAGCGCUCGUCGCUGAGCAAGUCCCGCUCGGCCUACGUCAUCGACGAGCGGCAGCCGGCCGACGGCGGCGAGAGCCCGCGCGAGGAGCGCCUGCGCUGCGAGGUCUCGCGCGACCCCAUCUCGGUGCCGGACUUCGCGGACAUGGUGCUGCCGACGCCGGUGCUGUCGCCGGUCGAGGCGGCCCGUCUCGUGUACUUCGACUCCGAGGAGGAGGAGGACAUGAGGCGGGAGCUGGCCGAGCUCGAGCGCAGUCGGCCGAGGGUCGGCGUGACGUUGUCGAAGUCGGCGUCGGUCCGGUUCACGAGGGAGCCGGCCGCCGGAACCGUGCCGGUGACGGAGGACGAGGCCGAGCUCUCGACGUCGGACUAUGCGAGCGCGGAGAGAGUGAACGGCGUCUCUGGGGCGUCGUCGGGUUUCAGCAACCCUCACUAUCUGGGGCCGGAUAUCGGGAAGCUCGGUUCCGCUCUGACCCCAGACUCCGGUGUGGGGCCCGGAGACAUAGAACUGCAGGACCUCGGCGAGAGACGCGCGAGGAGCGUUCCGAGGAAUGGAGAGAGACAGCUACAUCUUUUGCUGGUAGGGGGCAAGGAGCCGCCACACCUCGCACUGCUGCAGAGCCCGCUCUCCAUGUGGAGCUACAGACUGCUGUAACCUACUCCCGCGUGUAUUUAGAACAUUGACGUCCACUUUAGGAACUAGAGCAAAAGAGGAGCGUGGCGACAUGGUGGUCGUCUAUCUCAGACGAAGAGAUUUAAUGACGGCAACAUUGCAAGACUUGCGUACCUUAUGAAUAUUUGACACUGUUAUUGUAGAUUUUUUAGAAGAUUACAAUUAUGAACAACACCGCUAAAAUAGCAGCAGAUGUGAUUAAGAAAUAUCCUAAUAUUCGAAUUCGACAAUCUUCUCAUGCGAUUCUAGUACUUAGUGCCUAUGCUGAUAGUAUAAACGCUGUACGUUCCAUCGAUAUUUUUUUUUAUUCUGUAACGAGGUUGAUUAAAGCAAAGGCAAAGAGAAAAUGCCUUUAGUUUUAGAAGCAUUUUUUUCUAUUAUCUAUGUUACUAAUGUCUUUAUUUAUUUAAGCGUCUCGUUAGCGUCCAUUAGCACUUAAAUAUCAGGUACAAUAAGGUGCCAAUUGACAAGUAUUGUAGUUAAGAUUAUCUUUAAUGUUUUUACUUAUAAGUGUGUAUUUGUUACAUAAACUAUUUCUUUGUUAAUUUCAUUUCUUAUUAGUUGUGUUAUAAAACUAUUACUUUCGUUAUGAAAAUGGAAACAUUAAAUACAGUGAGACUAAUCAGUACAAAGGAAAAUUAUUUGUCAGGUGAAUGAAUCAAACCGCCGAUAGCUUGUAUAUCUAUCUACGAUUAGGAAAUGUCAAAUAGGCCACACAAACAAAUCAUAUAAUAUGAUGAAUAGAUGAAUAUUUAGUACAGUGCUUAUACUCACAUGAUGUGCAGGUUUUAAAUUUAUUUAUAACUGUCGUACAUAAAAUUGAUUGAAAUAAAAUGACUAUAUAACUUUAAUUCCUGAUUAUAAUAUGUAUAUAUGACAUCCGAUAGAAUUACCCAUAAUAUUAUAGAGACAAUUGUUUUACUUAAAACCUUGUUUAAGUGACACUCAAGUGACUGUUUUUUUUUUUAAAUUCGACUUCUGUGUUGUCUUUAUUUGGCAGGGGUUAUCAAUUAGCUAUUUCAACUGUUCGUUUCCUUCAUACCAAAAACUAUUUUGUUCGAUUUUGGGGUUUCUUUUCGAAAAAUUAAAUAACUUAAGUUAGUACCAACUACAGAUUUAUCAUUGUUGAUAAAAAAAUAUAUUUACCCAACCAUCCGCCAACAUAUGAGAACUGCAAUUUAACUUUACUUAAUACUUUCAAUGAAUGUAAUCAACAUUGGUCCUACAGAUAAAAAAGACACGUGUCACGCUGAAUAAUUGAACAAUGUAACGGUUUUUUCUUUUCUCUUCAAUGUGGUUGCCCGAAAUCGCUGUUUUUACGAUAAAGCCGUAAACCUUCCUUUUCUACAUUCUUUGUAUAAAUUUAAUCUUACAAUUUGUAUUAUGAAUUAUUGUGAUAUAUUCUUCUUUUUACGUGUAUAAUAUCAUUGGAUAUAUUGUAAGGUUUUAGAUUUACAUAACCCAUUUUUCACGUGUUAUACUAACAUACAUUCAGAUCGUACUACACAUGUAGCGCAACUUGAAGAUUAAUU